AUUUUAAAAAAAGAAGAUUUAAAGAAAAUGCUGUUAAUAAAGUGCACGUUAAAGUUUAUUUUAGAGCCUCGAAAUAAUCCACACAUCUCCCUGAUUUUAACUCAAACAUUUGAUUAAAUAGAAUUAGUAAAAAUUAAGAUAUGUGUUCCAAAGAGAUCGUUUAAAAGUGAUCAUGUGCUCUGUCCAUUAGAAAGACGUACGCCUCCGUUUUUAUUUUAUUUUUUAUUUUUUUUAUUUAAGUUUGAAGAACCAGUACUGUAAAUAAAACAAACAAAGAUCUAGGUGUUUGCCAAAAUAUUUAUUAGGUCAAAUAAAUGUAGUCACAAUUUCAACGUGAAAUCCAAAUACGUAACUACGUCACGUACACACGUCAGCUGUGGAUGUGUUUUCCCGGGAAAUGCAGUCACAUGGCAUUGCUUGACGCGAAAAAGACGACAACCCCCAUCAAUGGACGCUGGAGAGAAAUAAUGCUGAAAAGCAAAAGGCGUAAAACACCUCUGCAGGAUGCAGAGGAUCACAUGACCCGUAGAGCUGAUAAGCCUGGGCUUCAAGAGCAGUUCAUCAGCAAAUAUAAAGGGCGUGGGGUUUUCACCACUAGAGCUUUUUUCAGACGUGAUUUCGUUCUUGAAUACAGAGGUGAACUUCUGAGUUCAGAAGAGAGUCUUGACCGAACUGAACACUACACUGAGGCCGAGAACGCGUUCCUGUUUGACUUUCAGUGGCGUGGGAGAAAUUGGUGCAUGGAUGCAUCUAAAGAAGACUGUUCCUUGGGAAGACUUGUAAAUGACGAACACAGAAAUCCUACUUGCAAAAUGAGAACCCUUGAAGUGAGCAGUAAACCUCACCUGUGUCUCUUUGCUGUGCGAGACAUUCUACCAGGGGAAGAAAUCACUUACAAUCACGGAUACUCAGAUUGGCCAUGGCGAGUCAAGCCUUUGAUUCAAGCAUCAACUGAAUCCUCUGAUAAAAAGCCAUCCAUCAGUUUGGGUCUGCAGAGAUCGCCUCAUUGUGCUGCUCCUGUUUCUUCACCUGGAUUGGACGAGGUGAACAGCAGUGGUCCACAUAAGCAGUCAGGCAAAGCAAGAACAUCAAGAAAAACGUCAUCCUUAGUCGCGUCUGCAACUGAUGCAUCCUCUUCAUCGGCACCCUGUGCUGUGUCCACCUCUGUGAUGACCUCAUCACCGUCACCGUAUUACCGGUUACCAGAGGGGACACUGCAGUUGGCAAAAAUGAGUAAAGUCCUAAUGGCCAUGGAGAAAGGAACACUGUCUGACUUCAAAGGAAAGAAACAUGACGACAUUGAAAUUGACCCAAAUGAGCAACUUGAGGCUCAAGGUGAUUCCAUGUCAAGUGAUGAGGAGGAUUACAGUGACGUAUCUCAGACAACAGCACCAGCAGAGACUGAUCCACCUGUUCAAUCUGAUCAAUCUGUUUCACAAGAGGAUCAAGGUUCUUCAAAUGCUCCAAAAAAGAAAUGGGAGGACAAUGAGGUAAAAGCAGUAGAGAGACACAUGAUGAAGUUCAUCAAGACAUGCAAAGUUCCUGGUAAGCAAGACUGUGAAAGAUGCAUUCACGCAGAGCCAGAAGCUUUGAAGCAGCGAACAUGGACUGGUGUGAAAAAUUAUGUGCGGAACAGGAUCACGACUCUUAAAAGAAAGGGUGGUUUGUGAGGAGGCACAAACACAAAAACACUUCAGUGCCUUUUAUAACUUCUUUACUGUAAAAAAAAUAAAUAUAUAAUAUAUAAAAAUACUGUAAAAAUAUAAUAUGAUGUGGAAAGUGUUAAAAGUAUUAUUUGACUUAUUUGUGUGAAGAGAGUGGCUCAACUAGCGACCAGCUCAUUGAAGGUGCUGUACAUUAACGUUGUUAGCAAAAGACUGUACUGCUAUGUUACAUAAACUAAUCAAAAAUAAUCUGUACCAUUUAUCCCAAGUAAAAUAAUCCCAUAUUA